UACAAAACUGCACUUUGUAUCUUCCUAUCCCUCUAUUCUUUAGACCCGGCGAUUCUUGCUAUUCCGGCGAUUCUCUGACCAAACCUCAUCCGAAAAUUCCCAUAUUGCGGAAGAUUCAAUGGCGGAGACCGAAGCAGUUCUAGGAGGAAAGGAAAGCCUAUCCGUGAUAAAUGGCAUCUCGGGAGAUACGUUGAAUUUACGUUUAUUCGCCAACAAUUUUCCGGCGAAGUCCGUCCGGGAGUCUUGUAAGAAAGAGGAGGAAACCGGCGUGGUUAAUGAAACAGUCUUGAAAGAGGAAGGGGUUGAGCUAAGCCUUGGGCUUUCACUGAACGGGAAAUUCGGGUUCGACCCGAACAGAGCCCAAAUCAUGAAGCGCUCAUCUUCAAUAUCGAACUUGGCCGUCCGCGGGGAAGAAGGGGAGGCGCGUGCAUUCUCGGCCCACGCGCCGCUGCCUCGAGCGUGCUCGGAUGGGGAGACGGAGGAGUGGAGGAGGAAGAAGGAGGCGCAGACGCAGAAGCGGAUGGAAGCGAAGAGGAAAAGGGUGGAGAAGCUUAACAACAGCGUGAGAGUUGUGAGGGAGAAGCGGGAGAAGGAAGAGAAGGGGAAUGGAAAUAAUGGGAAGCCAUUAUUGCCUUCAAAUUCACAGGGAUCUAUAGCUUCACAGGGCAGUGGAUCUUCUGGAGUCUCUGAUUUUGAGAGUCAACCUUUACCAGUUUCCCUUAAGAAUGAGGAAGAAACAAGAAGUGCAAGUGAUCAGUCUGAAGAGGAGGAGGCAAGACCACCAGCUGCCAUUCUUGAACCUCCAGCCAAGAACUCCGAUAAUCCCGUCACCGCCCCUGCGAAGGACAACAAUGAAGUCCUCAGGAAACUAAUGAUGAACAUGCCUUGUGUUUCGACGAAAGGUGACGGGCCCAACGGGAAGAAGAUCGAGGGUUUCUUGUACAGAUAUGAAAAGGGAGAGGAAGUGAGGAUAAUGUGUGUCUGCCAUGGGAGCUUUCUUUCACCUGCUGAGUUUGUGAAGCAUGCUGGCGGUACAGAUGUCACAAACCCUUUAAAACACAUCAUCGUCACCCCUUCUUGUUUCUUUUAACAUGUGCUUUCAAUUAACCACUACAAUGCUUUUCACCAACCAAAAAUGGAGGAGGUGUUUUACUGAUUUUAUUAGGUUUAAGGUUAAUUAAUGUUGGGAUUAUGUUCUUUUUUUGUAUGCACUAAUGCAAGCGACAGAGCGCGCAAGGACGCGGUUAUCAUUAGAGAUUGAUAUAACUGUGUUUACGGAAUUUGUUUCUGCAUACAAUCAAUUGUACAAAAUCUUGAUGUAACUAGAAAUGAUUUCGUCUCUGGGUUUUAUGAAAAAUGACUUCGGUAACGUUUACCUCCCUUUUGAUUGUAUAAAU